AUGUCAUCGGCGCGGCAAAGACAGCGGAGGAGGGAUCCCCCCUGGGACCUAGACGGUGUCAACCAAGGCCCCUCCAGCAACGACAUAUUACUACACUGGAUAACAACCGGUGACAACUACCGUCGAUGGGACAGUACAACCUUUGAGCCAACGGAACGACUGAUGAUAUGCGAGGAAAUAGUUGGGGUGAUGCAGAUGGAGGGGAUAGCACAUCAACAAGCCAGGGGUAGGAUACAACAAUAUUUAUAUUCUCGUCUGCUAUAA